AUGCCUAAUGACGACCCCGACGGCUUCAGGUAUGAUGAAGACAACGAUGCAACCUACAAGCGUAUCUGUGACGCAUGCCGCAGUAGAUAUGGCCCCAAACAGCCAGGUCGCAAUGACGAUGGCCCUAGGCAGUCAGACAAGGUCAUAGCCAGCCCGAUCACGGUGCUCAGCUUGCCCAGGGAGACACCAACCACCACGAGUAUAAUAACAACACAGACGACGCCUCGCGUUGAAUGGCUACCCCCUCCAGGUCCCGAUGAUAGCGCUACAUUUAGUAGCAAUAAUCCUCAACAGCCGAGCCACGGUGACUUUGACCCCGAACAGCCAAAAAACGAUAUUACCAGUUCGAUCGCAGGGGUCAAACUACCCAAGGAGACGCCAAGCAUCACGAGUAUCCGGAUAACACAGACGAAGCCUCGCGUCGGAUGGUCAACUCUUCCAGGUCCCGACGACGGCACUACCUUUACUUGGUUUACGAAAACAACAACGCAUACCGAGACUGAAACCACCACCACGACGGCAUCCACUACUAUAAGUCUAAGGAAGAGUACAGCAACAUCCACGGGUCUUGGUGAGACCACGGCAACAUCAACGAGUCCGGAGAGGAGUGCAGCGACAUCGAUGGGUUUGACUGAGACUUCAGCAACAUUGGGCCCAGAAGAGACUGACACUCCAACGCCACCAAAGAAAAAACGCUCUUCUGGCCUUCAAACGGCCGGCAUCAUAAUUGCGGUUCUAUUUUUCAUCUUAUUCACCGGUCUGAUCGCCUGGAAAUGCCUUCAACACCGCCAGGAGAUCCAAUUUGUUGAUGAGGGCCAUCAGGAUCCAAUGAGUGAAGCUAGUGGUGUUGGAGGCAGCGCCUUCGACGAUUCAGACUCAGAGGCCGAUGGAGGACAGGCCAGAAAUCUGGUAGCCUCGGUGAGGGACUGGUUCAGAAGGCACCAGUUUCCGUUUCUUCCACCAGAUGAGCCUGAAGAGGAUGACGAGGAACCCGACGACGACGAACCUGAGCCCCAUCCAGUUCCUCCCCCUCCCCCUCCUCCUCCUCCUAUUCCUGAGCAACCAGUUCAAGCUCCCGCUGCUGUAGCGCAUUCAAACAUCCCACCCCGUCCUCCCGCUAUCACAAGACGUCAAGUCCGGGCCCCUUCGGUUCAAGUGCCAACUCCUGACCCACCUCAUAAUCGGAGUAGCUCGAGUGUCUACAGCCAGGACAGCGGAUAUCCAGGGUCGCUCGAAAUACCCAGGCCACUCUCUAUACACAGACCCCGUCCUAGACAGGAAGAACCUCGGCCGCCUCGAGAAUGGAGGACAGCUGGAGAGCCUGUGCAAACUGAACGUUAUGGUUGGGUUUAA